AUGAGUAGCUCUCACGACGAAGAAUCUGGUCGCCCUCCGCAGCGCCACGGGAGUGUGUCAGUUUAUGCAGCUAACGCCGCCGGCGUAAACCACGGAGCUGGUCGUCGUCGGUCUUCGAUCGCCCCUGCUCACGCCUCAACAGGUGCACUUCAAAACGAUGGAGUCUUGAAUCAGAAGGACGAAACUUUCCGCAAGCUGUCCGUGGCAGUGCCAAACCUGGCUGAGCUGAGCUCAGAUGCAAAAGAAGCUGCAACAAGAGAAAAGCACAUGAGUUUCAUGGAAGGCUGCCGACUUUACCCGAAGGCCAUGUUCUUCUCUUUCGCUUUGUCCCUGGCAGUGAUCAUGGAGGGAUACGACACGGCUUUACUGGGGAACUUCUAUGGCAUACCUGCAUUUGCGAAGAAGUAUGGCCAUCCUGCUGCUAUCAAGAACGGAGUUCAGACGUACCAAGUCCCUGUUGCCUGGCAAUCAGCUCUCGGUAAUGGUACUGCAGUCGCACAGAUCAUCGGUCUUUUCAUCAAUGGUAUCCUUUCGGAGAGAAUUGGGUAUAGGAAAAUGAUGAUGGGCUCCCUUGUCCUUGUCACUUGCACUAUAUUCAUUACCUUCUUUGCGGUCAACGUGGAAAUGCUCCUUGCAGGUUAUAUUCUUUCAGGUCUUCCUUGGGGAGUGUUCCAAACAUUGACCACUACAUAUGCAGCGGAAGUAACUCCAGUCGUCCUACGGCCCUAUCUAACAACCUACGUCAAUUUGUGUUGGGUUAUUGGCCAACUUAUUGCUGCCGGCAUUCUCAAGGCUUUUGUCAAUAACUCUUCAGAAUGGGCAUAUCGCAUCCCCUAUGCCCUUCAAUGGAUCUGGCCUGUUCCAAUCUUCAUAGUGUGCUGGUUUGCACCCGAGUCACCUUGGUGGCUAGUCCGACACGGCAAAAUCGAUGAAGCUCGAUCCUCGAUUCUAAGGUUAACAUCAAAGAAAAAUACGGAGUUCAAUGCCGAGGACACGUUGGCGAUGAUGAUCCACACAAACGAGCUAGAGAUCCAGCAAACCUCGGGAACUUCGUAUAUCGACUGUUUCAAAAACGCAGAUCUUCGCCGCACAGAGCUCACUGUUAUGACUUGGGUGAUUCAACAGACUAGUGGAAGUCCCAUGAUGGGAUGGGGAACCUAUUUCCUUCUGCAGGUCGGCUUGAGUGGAGAUGCUGCUUAUUCGAUCGGAAUUGGGCAGAGUGCUAUGGGAUUUAUCGGGACUGUAGCUUCGUGGUUCCUAAUGCCUCACAUUGGUCGUCGAACACUCUACUUGUGGGGCCAGAUGGGUAUGUUUGUCGUUUUGAUCAUCAUCGGCGGCAUUGGAGUCCCCGCGAUCAGUACCUCGACUGGCUGGGCAACUGGCGCACUCUUACUCAUCCUCACAUUCAUAUACGAUAUUACUGUUGGUCCCGUUUGCUACUCCCUAGUUGCCGAACUGCCCUCGACACGCCUACGUAUCAAAACCGUGGUCCUCUCGCGCAAUGUCUACAACGUUUGCGGGAUCAUCAUCGGUACCCUUCAGCCGCAUUUUAUGAACCCUGAAUCUUGGAAUUGGCAGGGGAAAACAGCCUUCUUUUGGGCAGGAGCAAAUCUCCUCGGACUAGUCUGGACUUACUAUCGCCUUCCCGAGCCAAAGGGCCUCACUUAUGCAGAGCUCGAUGUUCUCUUUGAGAACAAGGUCAGCGCCCGCAAGUUUCGCAAGGUCGCUGCUGAUCCCUUUCGUUCGGACAAUUUGGUUGUUGAGGAGGAUACUGAUAGCAUCAAUGAGGUGGUCCAAGAGAAGAGAUAA